AAUUUUUGGCUCAGUAUUACUACUAAAAUAUAUUUGUUCUAAUAGUAUUUCUUUUAAUAAUACAUAAUGAUUAUUAAUAAGUAUUUAACUAUAAAAACUAUUAUAAUAAUCUUUUUAAAAAUUCAACAAUCAAAAUUUUUUGUUAAGCGUGAUGAAAUUUUUGAAAAUACUUUGAAACUAGACACUGGUUUUAAAUAUCCCGAUUACAAUCAACUACGUAAAUUGAAUUUAAAUAAAUUACUAAGAACGAUUUUGGAAGAACAAGAAAUAAAAAGUUAUUAUAGAGAUAAAAACUCUGUCAUGUAUUAUGACCUUAGAUGUGCCAAUUUUUUUAACUUAAGGCAUUUUAUGAUUUUAAGUAAGUAUUUCAUUGAAAAUAAUUUACUCGACAAUAUCAUACUGAGUGAAUCGAUAACAAAACAUAUGGUAAUUUCGGAAAUUUAUACUAUGGGCAUAUGCAACAAAACUUUUUGGACAAUGCAUAUGGUUAAUUAUAAGGUUCAACAAAUCCGAAAUAUAAAACCAAACGAUACUAAAUAUAUAAAACAAAUGUAUGAAUUUGUAUGGUUAAAAAUAAAAUAUGAUAUUCAAUUAUGUCGAAAAAAGAAUAACUAUGAUAAAGACACAAACUCUGACGAUCCUAAAGAAAAGUCUCUUAUGUUACAAAAUAUUAUUGCCGAAAUGGAAAGAAGAACAAACUACAACAAUAUAAUAUUAGGUAUUAUUGAAAAAGAAAAUUUUGUUUCCCUCGAACAUCUUUCCUUUAAUUAUAUUAUUGAAAAUAAAAACGUUUUGAAAACUGUAAUUAUGGAAUUUGGCGAACAAACAGAGGAAAUUUUUGAAAAAACAUAUCAAAAUAUUUUUAAUGAUUACAGGAAAAUAAAAAAUAAUGAUUUGUCGUUUGAUUAUUGGAUUGAACACAUUGCCGAUUACAAAAUAAAAAUGUUAGAUAUUUUUAAAACUGUUCUAUUACAUUUGAUAAAAAAGCAGGCAAUGUAUGGUAAUUUGUUGCCGAAUAAUACUAAUACAAAGACUGUCGUUAAGUCUCUCAAAAAAAUUAAUGGCUUACUUUCCAAUACACAUGAUAUAAUGGUAUUUUUUAAUGACUUACGCAGAGAAAUUUCGACUGUGCUAAAAUCGUUUAAUAAUUUUACUCCUAGUUACAGUAUUAUGAGUGAAGAGCAUAAAAUGCUGAUUUCAUAUAUUCAAGGUAUAAUUAAGAAUAUUAAACCGAAAUAUUUUGAAUUCGAUGAAAACAUAUCUGACCCACAGUAUUUAUCAAAUUUAAAGAAUACAGUCCAGAAUCUUAUUUUAACCAUUGGAUUACUCAAAAAUGAUUCCGAUAAGAAAACAACAACUUUUAAAAAUACUAUUGAGGAAGGGAUGUAUUAUAAUUUUUCUCUUACUGUUAUGUAUCUACGUUACUUAGGAAAUAUUUUCAAUGGAUUCAAUUUUAAAUGUUUUUGGUCAUUUAUUGAAUUUUCAAAAUCUACUCGGUUAGCUGGUUCAUUUAAUACAGUGUCAAAUAUAGAGUCUCAAAAUUUAUUCUAUCAACCUAAUUAAAAUUAAUAUUUUCAGUGCAUU